CCGGACCUCAAAGUUCGGGUUUGUUUUCCAGAUCCGAAAUUCAAUCGGAUUUUUGAUUUGGGCCGAACCUCCUGAUGCACAUCCCUCUUCCGCAUGUAUAUCACGAGUACACAAAUCUUCUUACGAACAUGAAACGUUGACUACUCGAGAGCGAUAUCCAGAGGGAGUUCCGGAGGCAGAGGAAGGCAAAGGGUACGCCGGAUAUUGCUUCUGUACCGGACUUGUUUACCAAAUACGACUAUCUGCACCGGCAUCUACAUCUCUCAACCGCCGGUGGUGGUGGAAUAAUUCUGUAUCAAAUUUAUGGCGUAUAGGAGACGGCAAGGAUUUGCUGUGGAAGAAUUUGGAAUCUCUAACCGUAAUUCUAGCCGUCACGGUUCUCCGACUUCCCUAGAAGACACCUCAUCCUCCUCUACCCCCGUGUCGGCGACACCGUCACUGGCUGCUAAAGCGAUCAGAGCGUCCUCCGCCAACCGUGACUCUUCUCUCUCUUCGGCUUAUGGUCAACCUGCUAUUUCCCCAAGGGAUGCCAAUUCCAAUCCACUUCGGUCUUCUAACUCCUAUACUCCCAAGGAUGAUUCUGUAAAACAUGAUUAUACAUCAUUGAAGAAUUUGGAAAAACCCAAGCAUGGAUUUUGGGGUGUUUUGGCUAGAAAAGCCAGGUCCAUCGUUGACAAUGGUGAUGUGGCACAACAAUACGAAACACCAGAAAGGAGGAGGCAACAAAUGUCCGAUGCUGAGAAAAGGGGUCAGUAUUCUAGCCGGUAUCAAUUACCUGAAGGUCAUCAAGAGCUGGACAAUCCUCCAUUGCAUAAGGGGUUCGGUGCAAUUGCAUCGUCUCUUAAUUACAUUGGUGGGACGAUUGGUAAUGCUCUUGAGGAGGGUAUGACGAUCAUGGAGAAUAGAACGGCCGGCAUAAUUCAAGAAACACGCAAACUACAUAUAAAGAAAAAGAGUGGCAUCCCCGAGACUCAGAGGCCAUCUUCAAACGUUGGGAGUACUAAACCCGAGAUGCAAACUGAUGUAGAAAUUCAAUUGAAGGCAUCUCGCGACGUUUCAAUGGCAAUGGCUGCGAAAGCAAAGCUUCUUCUUCGGGAGCUGAAAACCGUCAAGGCUGAUCUUGCUUUCGCUAAGGAGCGUUGUGCUCAGUUGGAAGAGGAAAACAGAAUCCUGAGGGAGAGUGGUGGAGACGGAGACAACCAUGAAGAUGAUGAUUUGAUACGGCUGCAACUGGAGUCACUUUUAGCAGAGAAAGCUCGAUUGGCACAGGAGAAUUCAGUUUACGCAAGAGAAAGCCGAUUUCUGAGAGAAAUCGUUGAAUACCACCAACUAACAAUGCAAGACGUGAUUUACAUCGAUGAAAACAACGACGAGGUGAGCCAAGUAUACAACACGAUCAACAAUCGGCAUCCCAUUGUAACACCAACACCUGCAAAUCCACACCCACAGGUACAACCCAAGACUCCUUUCAUGUAAAUAGUUUUGCUUCAUCAAUCCAUUUUGCAUCUAUUUGUUUCAUAUUUAUGUGUUUUGUGUCAAAAUGUGCACUUUCUUUUCUUUUGAAAGAUGUGUUGUUUUGCCAAAUCUUGAAUUAUUCUUUGGUAUCACAUGGUACAUAAACUGUA